UCAGGAGAGAUGAUGGAUUUGGGCAUUUUUGCAACUUGUUGCUGGCUUAGCUCUGCGCAUGCUAUGCAGUUCGAGACACGUGGAAUCACAGGGUUAGUAGAUAGCCUGAGCACCCCUCCCAAGAAGAGGAGGAAGAAGAAGAAGAAGAAGAAGAAUCCAAGUGGAUAACCCGGAUAAUCCAAAUGGAUUGUGUUUAAGUUCAACCAAAGUACCGUGUAUUUGUCGUCAUAGAAUAAUCCAAAUGGAUAACCCGGAUAAUAAAGUAACUUUUUUACUUGGUCAAUAGUAAAUGUACACAUAUAUAUACACAUUAUUGGAUUGUGUAGACUAUAGACACACACACACACAUAUAUAUAUAUAUAUAGUCGCUGUUCAGUUCUCUAUUACACACGGAGGCCGAAAGUACUUGAAAGAUAGCAGUAAGCAGUAGCAAGCUCUCUCACAGCGGCUUAAUCAGGCAAACAAAAUGGAGGAGGGGAUGAGAACAUCGCAGACGUCAAGGUUCAGGAGCGUCUGUGUUUUCUGCGGCAGCAGUACUGGCAAGAGAGACUGCUAUAGAGACGCCGCCAUUGAACUAGGCCAAGAAUUGGUGUCCAGAAGAUUGGAUCUGGUGUACGGAGGAGGGAGCAUUGGGUUGAUGGGUUUGGUUUCUCAAGCCGUGGACCGUGGCGGGGGACAUGUUCUUGGGAUCAUCCCCAGAACUCUGAUGAGCAAAACGUUGACAGGCAAGACGGUCGGCGAGGUAAAGCCGGUGGCCAGCAUGCACCAGAGGAAAGCCGAGAUGGCCCGUCACUCCGAUUGCUUUAUUGCCUUGCCAGGUGGCUAUGGAACUCUGGAAGAAUUACUUGAGGUCAUUUCUUGGGCUCAACUGGGCAUCCACGAGAAGCCUGUGGGUUUGCUUAAUGUUGAUGGAUACUACGACUACCUGUUGACUUUUAUUGACAAAGCCGUGGAUGAUGGGUUCAUCAAGCCCUCCCAGCGUCACAUCUUUCUCUCUGCCCCAAACGCCAAAGAACUCGUUCAAAAGCUUGAGGAGUACGUGCCUGUGCAUGAUGAAAUCAUGGCUAAUUUAUAGGGGGGCGUGGAGCAACACCAGCCACAGCACCAACAGAAGAAGGUGCCCUUCAUCACCGGAUUGCAGACUCCAGGGAUUAAUGCUCUGUAAUUAAUAUUAUUAAUAUUAAUAUAUAUAUAUAUUAAUUAAUUAGGACUCAAAUUAUAUUAUAUAUAAAAUAUAUGCAAGUAAUCUGUAUAUAAUAAAUAUAUGGUCCCAGUUCGUA